CAUGUGUUGCUUGAUUGUCUGUGUCGGUCGGGCGGUUGAUUGCCCUCAUGCGUCAACAUUCACAUCGUUGUGUCCCCCCACUCAUUGACUCAUUCACUCACUCAUUCACUUCCUGGCUUUUUUCCAGUCUGUUUGAAUGAGAAGGAGUCUGUUUCUCGUGAGCGUGGCAAUGUUUUCAACCCCCCCGCCCUCCCCUGAACCAAAAAUGUGUGCGUGUGUGGAUGUCGACGCGUCAGCGACUCGCCAUUUCGGAGCUCACUGACACGCCCACAGCCCCACACACACGACACUCAGCACAAAGACGCAUAGACUCAUCUAUCUGUCUCUCUACCUACAGCCACGUGUGCGUGUCAUCAGUCUGUACAUGUCGACCGGCUCUCUGCCAUGGCCGGCCGAGACAUGCAUGAUGCAUGGCCCGCCAUGGCAACGAACGAGCGCACAUGUACACACCCACCCCACGCACCCAGACGAACAAAUACCCACCGACUUUGGCUUGGCUCUCCAUUCGCUCAGCCCAACACAGCACAAGACAAGACGACACAGUGCCAGAAGACAAUCGGACGAGACGCCCAGAAAGAAACAAAGAAAGCGCUCUUGAAGACGGUCAGGUGCCAAGGCAAAACGAAAGACCCGACCCCUCUCUCGAGAAAGAGCGUGAGGUGUGAGUGAAAGAAAUUAGAAAGUGAAGCCCGGAGCGAUGCUACCCAUGAGAUGGGGCAGCGAUACAUACAUGCACAUCUCAUGGCGUGUCCUGCCGUGUGUGCCUGCCUACCCGUCAAUCAGUCGCUCGCAUGUUGGAGCGCACCAGUGAGUGACAGGUCGACAGCCACUUCACGACACGCCCACAACACAUCGAUCCAGACAUCCAGAAAAAAAGUCAAUGAAAAAGCCAAUGCCGAGCUGUCUGUUCUGUCAUGUGUGCUGUACAGCCGUGGAGUAUGGGACAUGUGCACGUAAUGAAACACUUUGGUCUUCGGCAGAUCACCCACCCGUGUACCCAUGUACCCUCGAUGGCAUGCAUCAUCACAGACACCGGACAAGGACGAUAGCGACACGAAUGGCUCCCUUCCACAGACAAAUGAACCAACACAACAAGACGCCGAACGAGCUAUACGCCGAACACACCGGACAGGACAUACCAUGUAUGACUGACUCUCAGUCAGAUCAAUUAAAACAACCGGACGACGUCCAAUCUCGUGCAUGCAAUCAAUCAGCGCACGGGCACGCGUGUGUGUCCCACAUCCAUCCCCACAGACAUCCAGACAUCAUGACAUCCACAGCAGGCAUGUGCGAAAAAUGCGAUGCGUGUACGUGAAUUACGCCGAAGUACCAACGAACGAACGAAGGACCCACCCAUGCGGAUGUGUCCCUCCGACAGACAAUCAAUCUAUCGAGCCAUCUAGUAGCCGGAGGCCGCGUUCAUGUUCCUCUCCAUCUCCUGGCACGAAUAGAAGCCCUCGGCAGAGGCGAGCCCAACACCAGCACCAGAAUGUUGACUCUGAGACUGACUAAUGGAGAUACCCUUGGGGCCUGGGGUGAGAGAAAGGCACACAUACACACACAGGAGAGGGAGAGAGAGAGAGAGAGAGAGAGAGAGAGAGAGGGAGAGAGAGAGAAAGAUGGUCCGAGCAAAAGUGCCACCACCCCACUCCGACCGCCCUGACCUAGUUUGACGACGAAGCCCAAGUCGAAGCAUGCCUUGAGUUUCAGUUCGGCGGCAUGUGCCUCAUCAGGAUGAUCGUGGAACCACUCGUGGUCGCACCCGUCCCAGUCGCACUCAUCCAUCCAGCAGAAGACGUCUGAGGGAGACCACAGCGCAAGCAAUGCACCCAACACACGUGGGCUGUGUGUCUCUCUCUCUGUCUUGCUGUUGCGUGUCGUGGUCUGCGACGUACCAAACGGGAGGCACAUCCAGCAGCACUUCCCGUCGCCGUCGUAUUUGUCAUGCUUGGGAGGCUUCGUCGGCUUGGGAGGCUUCUCUGCAGGCAGCACACGCACACCGACACAGCAGCCAAGGCAGGUGUCAGUCAGGCGGAGGCACGUGUCUCUCUCAGGCAGCCUACCUGUCGUCGUUGUGGUCGGUGGGGUUGGGGUUGCGGUUGUGGUCGAGGUGGUGGUCGUCGUGGGCGGUGUUGUGCUGCGUCGACGUCAUUACAUAUACAUAACCAAACAAACACAAUUCACUUCUGUCUGCAUCCAGCUGGGCGCACAGAGCGCCAGCCAAGGCCAAGCCUCCCUCUACCUUGUCGUCGUGGUGGUGGUGGUGGUCGUGGGGCACUUCCUGCCGCAGUUGGUACGAACGGGUUGUUCGACUUCCUGUGCGGCCGCGAAGGCAAGUGUGCCCAGCAGAGCGACGAGCCAGAAGGUCCUCAUGGCUGACAGAUGACCCGCGGGCGUGGGAAGGGAGGGGCAGAAGGGGAGAAUGGUGCACCACGCAAGGGAACGGUCGAAGUGCACCAAGGACCACGAAGGAAAUGAAAUUCUGAAAUUGGACCGUACACCCGUAACCGGCCGUAAAUUGAGGGAACGCGAGCUUUUGUAGCUGAUUCCGUUGCGGUUCUGCUCGACACUGUGCGAAAAGGCCGGUGAGGACCUUUCCUGUAGUUAGCUGAAUAGAGGAUCUGCUGGGCGGUAAGUCCCAGAGUAAGAGUGCUUUUACUUUAAUAAGACCGAUGGACUG